UCUUCCGGUGGAUCCAGCAACUUCUACCCGACAACUGACUAUCAAGCCGCGGCCGUUUCAGUGUAUCUCGCUGCACAUGGAAGCAAGAAUGCGAGGCGCGAAGGCAGACCAUUUCUUCGUCCUGGAACCAAGCGUGUUCUCUUUCACGGGAUCGAGUGCCGCCAGCCCGACAGUGGCAAGCAUCGUCGCCUUAGCGAUAGGCCAACGAACACGGGCAAGCCCCCGUUAUGCUUCCUGGACCCGUGGCUGUACUCGGAGGACUUUGCGGCGUUCACGGAUAUCACCACAGGUAAUAACUCAUCCCGUUUCUCGCAGAACGUUACGGCACAAGGAUAUGAUGCGGAGGUUGGCUGGGACCAGGUAUGUCUUCCUUCAAGUGGCGAAUAUCCCUUGUGCUGA